CCAUUAAGUUUGACUUGACUUUUUCUUCUUGUCAUUUAAAGACAGUCGCUGCUCACCUCAACAGGUUUUCUGCAGAAGUUUAAAAAAAGAAAAAGGCCAACCAUGUCUGAGGCACCGAAAAAAUCUAAGAUCUCUGCAUCUCGCAGACUGGCGCUUAAGACCAAGCUGCUGAAAGUGGCAACGGUGAUGCUGGAGAAGGACAAGGAGGAAAAGAAGCGGGAGAGAGAAGCUAGUCUGAGUGAGAGAGUCCCUCCACUUCAGCUGUCUGGUUUGUCCACGCAGGACCUUCAAGCUCUGUGCAAAGAACUGCACCAUAAGAUCGAUGUGGUAGAUGAAGAGCGCUAUGACAUUGAGGUCAAAGUGGUCAAAAAUAAUAAGGAGAUUGAAAAUCUGUCGCAGAAGAUCUUUGAACUGAAGGGUAAGAUGAAGCGACCUGCUCUCAAGAGAGUGAAGAUCUCAGCUGACGCCAUGCUGGGAGCUCUGCUGGGCUCUAAGGUCAAAGAGUCCGUGGACUUCAAGGCCAACCUAAAGACUGUGAAGAAGGAGGAGGAGAAGAAAGAGGAGGUGACUGACUGGCGUAAGAAUGUGGAGGCCAUGUCUGGAAUGGAGGGCAGGAAGAAGCUGUUUAAUGCUGGACAGUAGAUGUUAUAGUUCUGGAAAUUUUAAACAUUAGACAAGAGAGCAAAAUUAAGUUAAUGUCACUGUUUGCAACAGUAAGUUGAUAAUGUAAGUGUGAGUGUGUGCACAGACUUUUGCAAUAUGAAAAAAUAUUCAGAUUCAAAGGAGAGGAAUCAUGUAUAUUUUGCAUAUAAAUGAGUUGCAUUUUGUUUUGUGGUGUUGGCACUUUGAAAACAGAUAAGCAUUCAGUGAAAUUUGUUGCUUGAUCUCAAAAAGUCUGGAAAAUGACAGGUUUACAUCAUCAUAAUAAAUACUUCUGUUCAACACAGAAAACUGAUGCUGUGCUU